UGGUGCAAGCCUUGCUUGGAAAACUUGCGUCGUGGACACCCUCCUUAACUCAACUGUCGUUAACAUUCAACAUGGCGGUAUGUCGUCAGUGCUGUGCUGUGUCGUGCUUGUGUAAUUGUUAGUUUAGAACUUAUUUUGAAAUCAAUCCAUACAAUAAGUUUCCAGUAAUAUAAAACUGCUACAAAUAAAAAAUUGAUAACAAUACUAAUAAUAAUAAUGUACAUCAAGUUAUUGUAUCGACACAACCACACUCAGCACGCAUUGAAGACAUCUGGAAAUUUUCGAGCCAACAUUUUCCUUUAACAAACCAUCAACCAUUUCAUAAAUUAAUAAACUAAGACAGUAAUUUUCAAUACAAAGGAUAAUAGUUGCCUACCAUCAAACAAAAUAUGAACUGUCUCCGAAAAUAUAAACAAUAGGUUUGGAAUCAAAAUUGGUAUUUUGCUAUCGAUAAAAAAUUCAUGCCCAACAACAUUUCCCCAAAGUUAAAAUUAAACAAAAACUACGAAUCAAUCGAAAUUUUUUGAUUAUUCAGUUUUGUUUUUUUUCUGUCUGUAAUGGCAUAAUACAAACUAGCGUAAAGUGACAAAAAAAACAUCAAGUGACACUCAAAUACAUAUACAAAGAGUGCCAAAAAAAAAAAUCUAAUUUUUCCUGAAAAUUCCGUGCCCCGUAAUUUAAGUUCAAAACAGUUUCUCAUAAUAACGUUCCACUAAAUGAAAAAAAAAUAUAUAUGUAUGAAGAAAGAAAAUUAAUGAAUAAACGAACGAUAUAAGGAACCAAGAACCAUUCUGUGAUAUCUAUGUUUACACUUAAAUAAUUAAAAAGACUUGAAAUUUCUAAUUGUAAGUAACUAUAUUUCGUGAUCAAGUUCAAGCAAGCAAAAACACUAUCUGCUUUAUCGCAACGAAAUAUUCAAUUUAAAGACAAAGAAAAAAAAUUAUAUACAUAAGAUAACUAAAAACUAAGUUUGAACACCUCAAACCGAGAUUAUAGCAGUGGAAAAAAUACUGAAAAGAAAUGUCCACCAAUCCUCAGUGGGAUGCAUUCCAUCCGCCAAUUAUGAACUCUGACCCUGCUAUUCUUGAUUAUAAGUCCAUGGAAAUUCCGACAAAAAUCAUUGUCGGUGGAUCUGAACGAUUGGCCGCACACAGCUACCGUAAUCGCACCAACUACGGUGAAAUACAUGGCUUUAUGGAUUCAUCACCAGAUUCAAAAAAUUAUGGAGGUACCUACUCCCCAGUUGAUGACGUUACACCGGCCAGCAACGGAACAGCCAGAUUUUCAAACCGCACUAUAAGUGGUGCAAUGGAAAAUAAUACUACUUAUAUUGAUGAGCCACCUGUCAACACUAAUAAUACUUCCUCGUAUCAAGAUCAAUCAAAUAAUCAAGGGCCUAGAGAGGCGGGCAUUAUCGAAAAAUUAUUGCACUCCUAUGGUUUCAUCCAAUGUUGUGAAAGGCAGGCUCGUUUAUUCUUCCACUUCAGCCAAUUCAGUGGAACAAUUGAACAUCUAAAAAUAGGUGAUCCGGUUGAAUUUGAAAUGACAUACGAUCGUAGAACUGGAAAACCAAUUGCCAGUAUCGUAAAUAAAAUUGCACCAGAAGUUGUUCUCAGUGAAGAGCGCGUGACUGGCAAUGUAACGACUGAACUUUUAGCAACUGGUGAUUCUCAAGGUCGAAUAAGUUAUGAAAAUCGUGGUGAAUGCUUCUUUCUUCCAUAUACCAAAGACGAUGUCGAAGGCAAUGUGACAUUGCAUUCUGGUGAUAAGGUUUCAUUUCAAAUAGCCACUAAUCAACGUGGCAAUUUAGGCGCUUGUCAUGUAAGGCUAGAAAAUCCAGUGCAUCCAGUGCGUUAUCGCGGCGUUGUAUGCUCGAUGAAAGAAAGCUUUGGUUUUAUAGAACGAGCUGAUGUUGUCAAAGAGAUAUUUUUCCACUUCAGUGAAGCUAAAACAGUCAAAGAGGAGCUCAAGUUGGGUGAUGAUAUUGAAUUUAUUAUUCAAACAAGAAAUGGUAAAGAAGUUGCAUGUAAUAUAACUAAAUUACCACCAGGAUCAAUUAUUUUUGAAGAAGUAAGUACUGAUAUUAUGAAAGGCCAGGUUUUAAAGCCACUGGAAAAAGGAAAUGUUGCUAGACAUCAGAAUGAUCCUUUACCUGGAAGAAUUCGAUAUCGAGCUCCAGAUUAUGCCGAAGUUGAAGUUCCUUUUGGCGAUAAAGAUCAAAAGGGUGAUUUCACUCUCAAACAUGGUGAUUGGGUUCAGUUCCAAAUUGCCACUGAUACCAGAGACCAAUUGAAACGGGCAACUGAAAUAUCUCUUUUACCGGAAUCAUUUACAGUCUCAGGUGAGAGACGUGAACAGGGUAUAAUUGCUGCUCUUAAAGAUGGCUUUGGCUUUAUAAGGUGUGUUGAUAGAGAUCCUCGCUUGUUUUUUCAUUUCAACGAAGUACUUGAUAUUGAUCGAGAGAUAACUGUUGGCGAUGAAGUCGAAUUCACUGUUAUCCAAGUCAAGGAUCCACCAACAUUUUUUUCGAAUUCCCGUCACAGUGCCAUCAGACUUAAGCAUUUACCAGCCGGUAGUGUUCAGUUUGAAACUGUUAUUGAAAGUGACGUAUUGGGUGAUAUUAUACAAGAUGUUACUGGUUUAGAUCCUGGAUUAAUUGGAUACAAUAAUAAAGAUGGGCAACAAAGCAUUAUUUUCUUUACAAAAGAUUGUGAUCCGAAAAAUAUCCCAAGGUUGGGUGAUAAAGUCAAAUUCAGUAUCUGUCAAGUUAAACGAAACAAGGAGUUAGUGGCAGUUGACAUAUUCAUGCUCAAUACAAAUACUGAAAAGUUGCCAAAUGGCAAUGAAAAAUUAGCAAAUCCGACAUGUCAGGGUUACGUUGCGGCUAUUAAGGACGGAUUUGGCUUCAUUGAGACGGUCAAUCAUGAAAAAGAAAUAUUUUUUCACUUUAGUACAUUUGAUGGUGAUAUCGCAGCCCUGGAGAUCGGUGCUGAAGUUGAAUGCACAGUAAGUGUGGCAAAUGGAAGGAGUACCGGUGGUUGUAUUGCUGCAGAAUCAGUUAGUCUUGUUCCACGUGGAACUAUCCCACGUGCCGAUGUACUGACUGAACUUUUUGAUGGCUUUGUCAUCCGGCCAUUAAGAAGUGCGAACCCCGAACAACUCGAGUAUGCUGGCUUGAUCAAAGUGACAACAGCACAUGACGAUAGAAAGGAUGCAGAAUAUGAGUUUGGUAUAAUGGGACUUGUAAAUAAGCGUGAACUGUUGCAGACAGGAGAUCCAGUGCAGUUUCAAAUUGAUAUAGAAGGCCAUGCCUGUAAUAUUGCUGCAGUAAGAAAGAAAAGAAUUGCAACAGUUGAUGCAGUUAAAGGAGCGUUUGGUUUUCUUGCUUAUGAAGUUGAAGAAGGGAAAAAACUCUUUUUUCAUAUGACAGAAGUCCGAGAUCACGUGACUUUGCAUCCAGGGGAUCAAGUUGAAUUUGUCUUAGUUACGAAUCAACGAAACGGAAAAUCUUCUGCAUGCAAUGUAACUCGUUUGACAUGUGACAAUGUUCAACAACGUCCAGAGCGUCUUAUAAAUCGACUUCGCACAGUGUCCGUAGAAGAAUCUGGUCCCAAGUUGACUGUCCUUAGACAGCCAAAAGGACCUGACGGAACUCUUGGUUUUAACCAAGAACGUUUGGAGCGCACUGUUGGUAUUAUCGGGGAAUUAUAAAAUAUAUUAUAGCUCAAUUCCACUACAACAACAAGUAAUGCCUAAAUAAAAUUUGAGAAAAGAAAAAUAAAAACAUUGGGAUGCAUUCCUUUAAUAAAAAAUUUUUUUUUCAUUCUAUAAUUUCGCCCUGUAAGGCCCGGUUUUUUCGUCCACCAUUACAGUUAACUAAAGUUUAAACUCUAGUUAACUAACUAAGGAUUUGGUUACCGACUGCGUUUUUUAUAUGCUUUAGUAUUGAAAGUAUCAAUCGGGCUGAUACCGAACUCAAAAACUUAAGCUAAGUACAAAAUUUAGCUAAGUAAAAAAUCUAGCUAAGUAAAAAAUUUUGCUGGUAAAAUAAUGUAGAUAUCGGAGUUUUUUUUUUUUUUUAAAUUUAAUUUUUUUUUCCAAGUCCAUUAUUUUUAGCUUGGCAAAACUAGACAAAACUAGUCAAUAAAUAAAAAUAACAACGGACGGACAUGGAAGCCAGAAUGAACGAUAAGUCACGUUCCGCCUCCCUGGAGCGCUUGGGCCUGAGUUCAGACGUUGCCGAAGAAAUGAGUCACUUUCAUAUACAAAAAUUAAGGUUUUUGUUUUGAUGUUAUAUAAUCAUAGCUUACCAUAUUUUGCUUUGCAUUUUUCUUCAACAAAACUUUCAGAGCUAAAACUGAAUACCGAAGAGCCGUAGAAUGGCAUAAACCGUGACCCUCGCCACGGGGGGGGGGGCGAAGGUACAAUCUGAAUUUACCUACGUCCGUCUCGAGGACUACCACUGAACGGCAAUUGCCGAGUUCGUUCCCGCUUCCCCGAAAUGCCCGGAUUAAUUUUGGGGGGCGGGGCACGUUCAUCCGAGUUCGUUCCCAAAAAAAAAUCCGAGUUCGUUCCAAUCGUUUCCCCUACCGUGUCCCCUCCACUUUGCCAGGUCGCUUUUUUCCGGAGACCGAAUUCAACCGAGUCUAGCCGGUGCAGCACGAUUCGUAAUUCCACCAACCAUCGAUCAAGCAUGCCCGAAUCUAACCGAGUCUACCCGGUGUAGCACGACUUUUUAGUAUUAUUAAGAUAUUAUUAAUUAAUAUCAAAUAUUUAUACUUCAUUAAUUGACUUAUUAAUUAAAAUACCAAUUUAAUAAUUAGUUUAUUAAUUAAUUAAUUAAUUUUAAUUGAGAUUACUAUUUAAUAUAAAGUUUGACUUUUAUAUAUUGACAUAUAUAUCGAAUUUAUUUUCUAUACGGUUAUUUAUUUUAUAAGCAAAAAGUUACUAAUUAUGACUUAUAUUUGAAGAAAAUAAAUAAAAAUAAUGAAUAAUUGAUAAAAAAAAAUAUUAUAUUUAUAACAUACAAUAUGCAUAGAUGUAUUUUGUAUCAAAAUAUAGUAUUUAUUUUAUUAUAUUAUUAUUUAUUUUUGUUAUUUUAUCAUUUAUUAUUGAAUUUCUUAUACUAUAUUAUAUAUUGACCUUUAUAUUUACUCUAUUUUACUCUACUACAUAUUUUAAAGAAUAUAAAUGUACAUAUUAAAUAAUGAAAAAUAUUAUAUUUAUGUAUAUCAUAUCAAAAUAUAUAAUAUUUAUAAUAUUA